UUGGACGUACUUUUCGCCCCGAGAAAAGGGACCAUGGAGAAUUUGUCGCUGCUGUUGUGUUUGUUGUGUUUGUUGAUUUUGUUUCAGGUGUAUGGGAACCAUACCUGGCUGCACAAACAUCCAGGGUUCGAUGUCCUGGCUCAAGCUUCACACUACUGGCCUCUGGGGACCGUGGAAGGGAUCCAUGAGUUGCGGGACACAAAUGGAGCUCUAAGAGUCCACAACUUCACUGUGCUUCCUUCCCAUAACUCUACUUUUGUAUAUACCAAUGAUUCUGCCUACUCUAACUUCUCUGCAACUGUAGAUAUAGUCGAAGGAAUGGUGAACAAGGGAAUUUGCAUCCCUGAUCCGACAGGAGUGAUGUUUCUCCUCUUUGGAAGCUACCAAAACUCUUGCAUUAUUAACCCAGAACUUUGUGAACCUGAAGGUGUAACAUUCUCUUUUUUCUGGAAGACAAAGACACAGCAACCCAAUUCUCCCCCAGCGUAUGGCGAUCAGGUGCUUUCCAACGGGUUCAAGAUCUCCUUCAGUGAAGGCAAAGGAUCUGUGGAACUGUAUAACCAUCAGCAUUCGUGGAAAUGGGAGGCAAGUUUCAUCCCGUCAGGUCCCUACUGGACUCAUGUUCUCUUCACCUGGAAAUCUCAGGAUGGUUUGAAAGUGUAUGUCAAUGGAACCCUACAUACCACUGACCCUAAUGGGAAAGUUUCAUACAGUUAUGCGGACUCAAAUUCAAAUAUGUUGACGGGAUCAGAGGGUGACCAGACCGGACGUUACGUUAAUGGGGUUUUUGAUGAAUUUAUCAUAUGGGAAAGAGUGCUCACGCCUAAGGAAGUUGAACAAUAUUUUUCAGCCGCUGUGGGUGAUCAACCUUUGCUUUCUUCGACAGCUCCGUGGGGCCAGCAAGCAACUGAAACAAUUCCAACGCCAUCCAGAAAUGCCUACCGGCCCAUCAUUGUUAACCUUACGAAGGAGAGAGGAAACUUCUUUUACCCUGAUGCCAUGCUGGACUACUUGGAAAACAUUUCCCUUGCCUUGCCCAAUGAAUCACUUUCAGCAGAGACUGCCUUUAAUCUUACUGAGGCUUUUCUGCAAACUGUGGAAGAUGUGCUUUCUUUACCCAGCUGGAUUGAUACUGCAGAGAUGGCACCUUUUGCUGGAGCUUUGGUCGAAACAAUUGACAGUGUGAUGUCGCACAUGGCCCGGAAUUUGGGAGGAAGCUCGUCGGGUGUAGCUUUCGAAGGAACUUCAUCCGUGGCAGAAUAUUCGUUGGCCAAGAAGCCUCUUCCACUCCUGAACGUGUCUCACUAUCGCUUUCCGUUGCAAGGGCAGAGUUAUAUUUCAAUCCCUGGUGAAGCUUUCCAAGGCAAAGCUUGGAUCACCAUUGUGGGACUUCUCUACCACACUAUGCACCAAUUUUUCCACAGUAUCAAACCUGGGGAGACCAAGAUCCCGGAAGCUGCUUCCUGCAAAGAUUGCAUGAUUUCGGCAGCAAGUUACCUGAUUUCCCUGAAAGUGGAACCCCCACCGAUUCUGUCCCCAAACCUGUCGGGUUCCCCUCUUAUCACCAUCCAUCUGAAGCACAAACUGACUGCUCUCCAGUACAGCCAAGCGGUGAACAAAAGCAACCGAGUAAAACUUUACUGUGCUUUUUUGGAUUACAGCAACGGGAGUGGUGUCUGGUCUAACGAAGGCUGCGUGCGUGAGGAUGGUGACCUCAACUACUCCAUCUGCUUGUGUAACCAUCUCACCAACUUUGCCAUUUUGAUGCAAGUCGUCCCAGUAAAGGUACCAAUUGGGCACCAGAUGGCGCUGUCGUCCAUCAGUUACGUCGGCUGCUCCCUGUCUAUCUUUUGUUUGACUGUCACCCUGGUCACGUUUUUGGUUCUGUCCUCCGUCAGCACCAUCCGCAACCAGCGCUACCACAUCCACGCCAACCUGUCCUUUGCCAUCUUGGUGGCCCAGAUCCUGCUCCUGAUCAGCUUCCAUUUAAGCCCCGGAACGGUCCCUUGUAAAAUCCUGGCAAUUCUUCUUCACUUCUUUUUCCUGAGUGCUUUUGCUUGGAUGUUGGUGGAAGGCUUCCAUCUGUACAGUAUGGUCAUCAAGGUGUUUGGAUCAGAAGAAAGCAAGCAUUUCUAUUACUACGGAAUCGGAUGGGGCUGCCCGCUACUGAUCUGCGUUGUCUCGGUAAUUUCAGCUAUGGAAAGCUACGGAGAAAAAAACAACUGCUGGCUUUCCCUGGAGAACGGCGCAAUCUGGGCUUUCGUGGCUCCGGCUCUGUUCGUCAUAGUGGUGAACAUCUGCAUCCUCGUAGCAGUCACGAGAGUCAUCUCACGAAUAAGCUCAGACAACUAUAAGGUGCACGGAGAUGCCAAUGCAUUCAAGUUGACAGCCAAAGCAGUGGCCGUACUACUGCCUAUCCUGGGAAGCUCAUGGAUCUUCGGCGUUCUGGCUGUCAACGACCAUGCGUUGGUGUUCCAGUACAUGUUUGCAAUCUUCAACUCCUUGCAAGGAUUCUUCAUCUUCCUAUUUCACUGUCUUCUGAACUCAGAGGUGAGAGCCGCCUUUAAGCACAAAACCAAAGUGUGGUCCCUCACCAGCAGCUCCAUGCGCAACAUCAACGUGAAGCCUUUCCACUCUGAUAUCAUAACUGGGAACAGGCCAGGAACCAGCCCUACAAAACUGAAUACUUGGGACAAGAGCACCAAUUCGGCAAACAGGAUCGACCUUUCCGCAGUCUGACACCAAGCCUUCCGGCCC